UGGUCAGGGAUGCUGAGGGAGGGACAGUGGAACACUGAAUAUUCUUUAGGACUCUGCCCCUAAGGGAUACCCUCCCCCACUUCUACUCUCUUCACGAAAACCUCUUGCUUCUAUUCACCUACUAGUUCAUUCCCUGGCACUGGGGGCUCGCCCCCAAGGGACCAGGUGCCCAAGACCCCAAAUCCUGCGGAAUCCAGAUUGGGGGACAAACAUGGCAAAGGAUUAUCAAGACCUUCAGCACCUGGAGAGUGAAGACAAUGGCCAUCAAUUCAGUAAAGGGCCCCUUUCACCUCUGCCCAUCCUCCAGCGUCUCUGCCCUCUUAACCGCCUCCUCCUGGUCUCCCUGGGAUUCAGCAUCCUAUUGGUAGUGAUCAUCUCUGUGGUGGGAUCUAAAAAUACUCAUCUUCAGGGAGAGCUACAGACACUGAAAGAAACUUUCACCAACUUCUCAGAGAAGAUGGUGUCAGAGAUCCAAGUAAUAAAUAACCAGGGAAACAGUCUGAGGGAAAAGAUGAAAUCUCUGGAGGCUAAGCUACAGAAGCAUCAAAAGGACAGAGAUGAAGAUAUCUCUAGUUUCCUCCUCCAUGAGCAACAUGUUUCAUCAAAUCUUCGAACCCUGAAUUGUCAGAUGAUGCUACUCCAAAGCAAUGGUACCAGCAACAAGAUCUGUUGCCCUCUUGGCUGGUUGGAGUUUGAUGUAAACUGCUACUGGUUUUCUCGCACUGGAAAAUCCUGGAAUGAGGCUGAGAAAUACUGUCAGAUGGAGAAUUCACAUCUGGUUGUCAUAAACUCUUGGAAUGAACAGAACUUUGUUAGUCAUCACACCUCACCUGCGUUUGCCUGGAUAGGCCUCACUGAUGCAGAAGGCACCUGGAAAUGGGUAGAUGGGACAAGCUACGACUCUAACAUCAAGAAUUGGAUGCCAUCCCAGCCAGACAACUGGUAUGGGCAUGGCCUAGGAGGAGGUGAGGACUGUGCCCACUUGCACUCUGAUGGAAGCUGGAAUGAUGAUGUCUGCCAGCGUCCCUACCGCUGGGUCUGUGAGAUGGAACUGCAAAAGACUGCCUAGGAGCCCUGCGGGAAAAUACACCAUUUCCAUCCAGGAAUCUCCUUGGAGCAGCCCCAAAACCGAGGGAAAUAAUUUGGAAUUCCUGAAAUCUUCUAGAAUUACCCUUAGAAGCGAUUGUGCUUUAAGUAAUGCAGCACUAUCCAGUGUCCUCAGAAUCUUAAUGGGAAUUAAAGUGAACUUCCCAGA